AUGUCGUGGCCGAGCUCCUAUCAACAACAACUCCCAUCAUCGGUUCCAGCUGGAUGGAACGAUCCACCUUCAAUUGGGCCAGGUGCAGCUUCAAGCCGACUUUCACGACACAAGCGACUUGUCGACCCGUCGAUAAAUGGCACCGGUCAGCAACAAUUCGGUGCAAGUCCCGGACAGCCAUACCAACAACAGACGAAUAGUGCCCCCGCUCAUCACUAUGGAUCCCCCGUUCCUGUGCAACAGGUUCACCAACAGCCUGGUCAAAACAUGCCGAUGCAACAACAACAACAACCGAUGGCUCAACAGGUUUUUCGGCUUACCCCGCAGCUGCCAGCGGGGAAUUCGGCAGCGCUUUCCCAAUGCAGGGUCUUCCAGCAAACAGUGGACACCCUCAUUACAAUUCUUCUGCUCCACAAAAUUUAUGAUUUCUACAAGCUCGCCAAUUUUCUUAUAGUCGUCACUCGUCAAUUCUUUAACAACUUCCUUUUCCUCAACUUUGUGAUAGAUAUGGGACCGACAACUCUUGGUGAUCAUCAGGUAACUACCGCUCAAACAAGUCAAUCUUCAUAUCGUCCCGUCUUUGAUGCUUUCAGCGUUAACAGAAAAGAAGGCAAAUCUGAUAUUUUUGGUACAAGAAACUCACUGACAACGCAAUCGUCCGAUGUUUCAACUGAAUGGAACGAAGCUGGUCAAUUUGAUACCCCACAGUCAACGCAAUCCACUCCAAUUUUGAAUCAAAAGAGUGCCUCGCUUCCGGAAAGGAGGGAUUCGAAACAAUCAUCUACAGCUCCUUCAACACCAACGCCUAGUAGUUCUUUGGAGCGACAACCGACGAGUCUAAUUUACUCGGCGCCCAACUGUAUUGCCGAGGGUGUGUUAAGAAGUUCGCUUGCAUCGAUUGAUUCUUUGAAUUAUCGCGCCCCUGUUAAGGCAGCCGGUGAUGUUUCACUUUCUGGAAAUCAAUGUGUUGCAUUUUUAACAAAAGCUUCAAUGCGAUUGCAUCCGGUAAAAUGUGAGGGUGUUCAACUGCGACUAGCUUCGUUAAAAGAGCAGGUCAUGAAUGAUGCGAUCACGGAUUCUUGUAUAAAGAAGUUAAAUUUCGUUGUUGAUGCUGUAGAUCGGGAACAAUAUGAAGAGGCUUGGAUAUUUUUUGAACAACUGCAACAAUGUUUUCCUACGGAAAUGGGAACAUGGGCACAUGGUCUUCGGCUACUCAUCUCUGAAUUGAAACGCUCUCCAUCAAGAACUGGCAGCGCUGGAAGCCAACGACUGCGAACGCAA